AUGAGAUCUAAGAAUUACCGUUUCCUCACAAUUCCAUUUCCCUUAGUGACGUUUGCGCUCAUAUCUAUACAAAAUGGUGCAGCAGACGGUCCACCUGAUGGAGCUGAAUUAGACCAAUAUUUAAAACCUGCGCCGAUGCCUGAGUACCACGAGAUGCAACCGCGAUACACCCACUCGCUAACCACGUUCCUCCCUCUACACCCCCGUACCUCACUUACACUCCCUUGCCCCGAAUGGCACAAUUAUCCGGGACAUCCAUAA